AUGAAUCACUGGGGCCUCAGACUUGUGUUUGGAACACUGACAGUCAUUACUGACUCAUCCUAUCGCUUAAGCGGCAUUCUCUUAAUAGCUCAACUCAGCACCAAAGGUUCACUAACGGCUCUUAAUGGCUAUACUGAAGCUGCCGCCGAGAUGGGUGGAAGUAAUCGAGAUGUUGUUUGUGGUUUCAUCUGCCAAACACGUGUUUCAGCUCACCCUGAUAUGCUACAUUGGACUCCAGGUAUCAACAUGGAUGCAACAUCGGACAACGCUGGGCAGCAAUGGAGAGGUCUUGAUCAAGUGAGUGAAUGUUGAGU